CGGACGUAAUCGACUGCGGUGCGUUUCCUCGCAAUCAGCUAGAAGUUUUUGUGAAAUUUGCCCGCUGACUGCGUGGGUCAACGUUCGGUUAGGCUUGGCCAUAUUGUUCAAGUGUGUCGCGUCCGUAAAACCGAUAUACAGGCCAUCGUACGGAAGGUUGGGUUGACAACGCUUCCCUGAAGAUAUUUUGUCUUAGAUUACCUCUGACGGGGCCAAAAUCAGCAGACAACAGGAAGGAAGCAUGGGUGAUAUUGCUAAGGGAAAGAAGGCAUUUGUCCAGAAGUGUGCCCAGUGUCAUACUGUUGAAAAUGGAGGAAAGCACAAGGUCGGUCCAAACCUCUGGGGUCUGUUUGGACGCAAGACUGGACAAGCUGAAGGCUAUUCCUACACAGAUGCCAACAAAUCCAAAGGCAUUAUCUGGGAAACCGAUACACUCAUGACGUACUUGGAGAACCCCAAGAAAUACAUUCCUGGAACAAAGAUGAUAUUUGCUGGCAUCAAGAAGAAGGGCGAGCGUGCAGAUCUUAUAGCAUAUUUGAAGUCGGCAACUUCGUAGACCACUGUCUACGCUUUGUUCAAUGUAUAGACUUCCCUUUCUGUAUCUUAUAUAAAUAUCAAGUGUUCAGAGAAGGGUGAUGGCUCUUUCAAGGAGCUAAGACUCUAAUUCUUAGCAUUUUAACAAUUUUUUUUGAAUAGCCUGCUUGACAUACCAGCUGGUACUCUGAAUGGUGUUUGCAUUAUCAGUUGCCAUAUUUCACAGCUGUACCUCCAUUUUGAUGGUGUAAAUUAUAUCCCUUGGUUUAACAGGCUCUAGUAUACAUAAUAAAUUAUUGAUCCAUAGACUGUAAGUAUUCCAUAAUUUAUUGGGUCAAUGCUGUGUAAUAUUUGUUUCACGAAAAGUUUCAAUUAAUUGUAUGGGUAGUGGUUUUAAUACUCGCUAAUGCAAACGCUCAAUCAGAUUUGGAAUAGUCUCUAAUUUCAAAGGGUCGUCUUGAAAGUAACGUCUACUACAGACCAUGGUCAUGUCUUAUGUAUCCAAUACCUCAUAUGGUUCUAAUUGAGUUGAAUUGAAUAAAUUACAUGCUAAACAAUUA